AUGUGGGAAUGGCUACAGAUGUUUCGGAUCUUAGACUACUUUUGCAUUGAAGGCAGUGACCUGAAGACUGGAAAUAAAGUGGGCGUCCUGGAUGGAGUCAAUUCCAAUGCGGACUGGAUGGGCUCGCUCAGCCCCACUCUCACCUCCAUGCCCAUGAAGUAUCUAGCAGUACCAGGGUCUCAUGACUCCUUCAGCUUCUGGGUGGAUGAGAAGGCUCCAGUAGGGCCAGACCAGAAGGCCCUGGUGAAGCACCUUGCCACUGCGUUCCACCUGGUGGCCAAGAAAGUGAUGAAGAAGUGGUCCAUGACCCAGAACCUUACUUUCAGAGAACAGCUGGAGGGUGGUAUCCGCUAUUUUGACCUGCGGGUGUCCUCAAAACCAGGUGAGCCAGGACACGAAGUUUACUUCAUCCACGGCCUCUUCGGCCACAAAGUGCGUGACGGCCUCCAUGAAAUCAACACCUUCCUCAACAGCCAUCCCAAAGAGGUGGUCUUCUUGGACUUCAACCACCACUACGCUAUGAGCAAGGAGCACCACAGGUACCUGAUAACCAUGCUGCAGCAGAUGUUUGGACAAAAGCUUUGUAAGUCGAAUGUGGUGGAGGACAUCACGCUGGACUACCUGUGGGAGAAUAAGUACCAGGUCAUAGUGUUCUACCACCACCCACUGGCUGAUGACUGCCCCCAUUUGUGGCCUGGAAGUAAGAUCCCAGCCCCCUGGGCUAACACCACAGAUGCAUACAAACUGAUACAAUUCCUGGAGACCACAUUGGGGGAGAGGGCCAAGUAUGGCUCUUUCCACGUUUCCCAGGCUAUCCUCACACCCCGAGUGAAGACCAUCUUCAGAGGACUUGUCAAGGGACUCCGUAACCACUUAGUGGAGAGGAAUCUGCCCACCAUCAUGACAUGGGUGGAGGCCCAGAAGCCAGGAGCCAAUGGGGUCAACAUAAUUACAUCUGACUUUGUAGAUUUGGUGGACUUUGCCACCACUGUCAUCAACCUCAACAAUCUCCUGCUUUCUCAACCUUCACGUGACCUGAGAUAUCCAUGA